AUGGUCCAAGCGGAAUCUUCAGCCAGUGCUGCUCGCAAUGGGCUCAAGCCUAUCUCAUCAGGAGCUCCUCCGGAUUACGAACUACCUUGGGUUGAGAAGUAUCGCCCAGUCUUUCUCGAUGACAUUGUUGGUAACACCGAAACCAUCGAACGAUUGAAUAUAAUCGCCAAAGAUGGUAACAUGCCCCACGUAAUCAUCUCGGGCAUGCCGGGAAUUGGAAAAACCACCUCGAUUCUGUGCUUGGCAAGGCAAUUAUUAGGGGACGCCUACAAGGAGGCCGUGUUGGAAUUGAAUGCUAGCGAUGAGAGAGGCAUCGAUGUGGUCCGGAACAGGAUCAAAGGGUUUGCCCAAAAGAAAGUCACAUUGCCUCCAGGUCGCCACAAAAUUGUCAUUCUUGAUGAAGCAGACAGUAUGACGGCGGGUGCGCAGCAGGCGUUGCGACGUACGAUGGAAAUCUAUUCUUCGACAACCCGUUUUGCAUUUGCUUGCAACCAGUCAAAUAAGAUCAUUGAACCUAUUCAGUCGCGGUGUGCCAUCCUUCGCUAUGCUCGGUUGACCGAUGCUCAGGUUGUCAAACGGUUGAAACAAGUUUGCGACGCCGAGAAGGUGGAGCACUCAGAAGAUGGAAUCGCUGCCUUGGUGUUCAGCGCAGAAGGAGACAUGCGCCAGGCCAUAAACAACCUGCAGAGCACCUGGUCGGGUUUUGGGUUCGUUAGUGGAGACAACGUCUUCCGGGUUGUCGAUAGCCCUCAUCCUAUUAAGGUCCAGGCGAUGAUCAAGGCUUGCUGGGAAGGGAAAGUGGAUGCUGCGCUAGAGUCCUUGAAUGAGCUAUGGGACUUGGGCUAUUCCUCUCAUGAUAUCAUUAGCACCAUGUUUCGCGUCACUAAGACGAUUCCCACGCUGUCGGAGCAUUCAAAACUGGAAUUCAUCCGAGAGAUCGGCUUCACACACAUGCGUAUCCUGGAUGGCGUGCAAUCGCUGCUUCAACUGAGCGGCUGCGUCUCAAAGCUUUGCAAGAUCAAUAUGAAACCCCAGCUCUUCGAGCUGCCGAAGGCCUGA